GGCUGCCGCCGCCGCCGGGCGCAGCAGGCAGAGGGAAGGCAGGGAGCGGAGCUGCCGCCGUCGCUGCCCCUGCCGAGGGCCAGGGCCUUGGACGCGUCCGGCGAAGAGCGCAGGAGGAGGAGGAGGAACGGGAAGGGGGGGAGCCAGCCGGCCCCUCUCGGAGGACGCGGCCCGCAUCCGCCCGGGGAAGGGCAGAGGGAAGCGGAGGGGGGAGCGAGCGGGCGCCACCGAGGAGACAAAGAAGCGGAGCCCGCCUGGGCUGGGAGCCUCCCCGCCACCGCCCGCCCCGCUCCGCUCCCCGCCGGCCGGCAGGAGGAAUAGCUUCCCUAGAUGGCAACACCAGCGGCUGACAGCUCUGUGCUUGUUACGCCUGGGGAAAAAGCCCUGGCUUUCUCAAAGCCCACUGCCUCUAGCAGCAAUGAGCAGAUACACUGUCAUCGUUAGGAGAUGUGAGUGGCAGACGGUGGUGUAUAUAACUUUGUCGGAGAGUUUUGCCUUUCACUGCCUGGAUCCUUUUAACAGUGUGCCAAAGAAGGACUCCAUGAAAGAUGACAGAAGAAGUUAUUGUUAUUGCAAAGUGGGAUUACACUGCACAGCAGGACCAAGAACUUGACAUCAAGAAAAAUGAGCGUCUUUGGCUAUUAGAUGAUUCUAAGACAUGGUGGAGGGUAAGAAACGCAGCCAACAAAACGGGAUAUGUGCCAUCAAAUUAUGUGGAGAGAAAAAACAGCUUGAAGAAAGGUUCUCUGGUUAAAAAUCUAAAAGACACAUUGGGCUUGGGAAAAACCAAGAGAAAGACAAGUGCGAGAGAUGCCUCACCCACUCCCAGCACAGACGCGGAAUACCCAUCCAACGGCAGCAGCGCCGACCGGAUUUACGAUCUUAACAUUCCAGCCUACGUGAAAUUUGCCUAUGUUGCAGAGAGGGAGGAUGAACUGUCCCUUGUUAAAGGAUCACGAGUGAUUGUCAUGGAGAAGUGCAGCGACGGCUGGUGGAGAGGUAGCUACAACGGACAGAUCGGCUGGUUUCCUUCGAACUAUGUGGUAGAGGAGGUUGAGGAGGCAACUGCAGAUUCACCCAGCUUUCUCAGCCUAAGGAAAGGCGCUUCCAUGAGUAAUGGCCAGGGCACCAAAGUACUCCACAUUGUUCAGACACUGUAUCCAUUCAGCUCCGUCACAGAAGAAGAGCUCAACUUUGAAAAAGGGGAAACGAUGGAAGUCAUUGAAAAGCCUGAAAAUGACCCAGAAUGGUGGAAAUGUAAAAAUUCCAGAGGGCAAAUUGGUCUUGUUCCUAAAAACUAUGUAGUAAUCAUUAGUGAUGGUCCUACCAUUAACACUUCUCAUCCACCUCAGAUAAGCUACACGGGACCAUCUUCUACAGGACGGUUUGCUGGAAGAGAAUGGUAUUACGGGAACGUUACCCGACACCAAGCAGAAUGUGCCCUGAACGAAAGGGGAGUGGAAGGAGAUUUCCUUGUUAGAGACAGUGAAUCUUCGCCCAGUGACUUCUCAGUAUCUCUAAAGGCGUCGGGGAAGAACAAACAUUUCAAGGUGCAGCUCGUGGACAAUGUCUAUUGUAUUGGGCAGCGACGCUUUAAUACUAUGGAUGAGUUGGUGGAACACUACAAAAAGGCUCCCAUCUUCACCAGUGAACACGGGGAAAAGCUAUAUCUUGUGAAAGCACUUCAGUGACGUUGAAGAUGGACUUGGCCACCUGGGCCUCUUAUAACUUACAAGCCUUAGGUCCUAAAUUCACUUUUAUAGAACAGAGCAAUAUCUGAAGCAGGCUUAAGGAAUAGGCUCUUUCUAAAGUGUUUGCUCUGUCAGUUGCUGUUUGUCCUUUUCUUUUUUUGUUUGUUUGCCUCUUUUUGUGUUCCAGUUCUGUUAAUCUCCGACCACCUCUCUUCAGGUUGAGAGUUUCCCUUGGGUGGCCGUGGUGAGCACUCACCUUCCCGGCUGAGUUCAAAACUCCCCUCUCUUGUGUACGUUUACAUAGUUAGCUCAGAUCAAGGAGGGGUGUUUUCAAUUCAAACCAGUGUUAAUCUGUUCAGAUUUGCUCACACAGGCAGAACUCUCCGUUCAGAGACAUCGGGCACAGUUUGAAUGCACUGAAGCCGCAGCUGCUUAAGUGAGAGAGAGUAGACAUAACAGUUGUGGCUGUGAGUUCUGUAGCUAUAUCGCUUACCGGGUAGGAUAUUACAAAAAUUCCUAGUUCCUAGAAGCACUCUUUACACUGUACUCUGCUAUUACAUUGCCUCUCUGACUCUUUGUGAAGAGUACACUAAUUAAAAGCAUUUUGUAAUAGUACUUCUUAAACUACUAUGGUAAGAUUGUAGUAAAAGAAAACUAUCUAGUGUAUUUUGGUCUGUAAUUGCAACAAAGAGAAAUUUUAUUUGAAAGUUGAUUACUAGAGAAAGAAUAAAUGAAUCGUAAAGGCUGAAUGUUUUGGUAAUCUACAACCAAAUGUGCCAUCCACAUAAUGCUUUUUCCUCUUGCCCUUCUGCUUGUUUGAAUUAAACGAUUAUGUAUUUAAUUCUCAAAGUAAUAUGUAUCUGUAGCUGAUUGUUGACACUAAUACAGAAGAUUAAUAAAAACUGAUCUUGGGACAGGGUGGGGCGGGCUACCAACACUAUAUAUAUAUUUGCUUUACAGAAAGAAAUCUUCGGGUUUUACAGAGGAUGAUGUGGUUGGUAGGAAGAGACACACAGAAUGUUUAUGAAGAAAAUGCAUUUUUCUCUUUUCUUUACAUUUAAAGUCCUUUAUGGUUUAAAUAUACAGUCUUUAGAUGGCACAUUCCUGAGAUUGAAGAAGGGAUCAUGAGAUCUCAAAAUCUUGCAUACUCAGUUUUUUGGAUAUUGUAAUAAAAAAGAUAUUACGUCA